AUGUCCUCUUUCCGGCGGCUUGGACGAGGGGCCAAAAGUUCAACUGUGUCUGCUAGGAGCCCCCAACAGUUGAUUGCAUUGCAGGGCGUGAAACCUUGGACUGGUGGUAUUCAUUUGACUUCUGUCGGCUUGAAUCAACUGGAUAACGUACUUGGAGGUGGGCAGCCAAUUGGCACCUGUAUCUUUUUGGAAGAUGAUCGUUGGACCCGUGACCUGGCGCACUCCCUGCUAAAAUAUUGGUGUGCGGAGGCUGUUUCACAAGAUCAAAAUCUUGUCUUUCCUGUAGUCGAAGACAGCAGUCCUUCCCCUUUCGCGGUCUCAACGCAAACCACCAAAGGUCGUAAUAUAGUUAGUGAUGAGAUUUUUCGGCUCUUGAUGGCUCUUCCACGGAACCUACACUGGGUGAAAACACAAGAGCAACAGAGCGCCUCGCCAUCAACUAUUGACACCCCUUCCGCCCUGAGUGUUCUGGAAGAGGAUGAUCAAGGUGAAAACUUCGAAGAAGGCCUUGAAAUCGCCUGGCAGUACAAGAAAUCGGUGCAGGAGAAAAUGCUGGCUCAACCCUUUAUUCAGCAACGAAGUCAGAGCUCGUCAUCAAAUGCCUUCUGCCAUUCGUAUGACCUUUCUGCUCGAAUGACGGACCAGAAAGCGCUCAACCCCGCAGACUACAUUGUCAGGAUUAGGGAUUUAGGGGGAUGCUGCAAGCUUUCUCCUGGAAUCUUGCUAUUUCGAGAGUUGGUUUCAUUGCUGAAGAAGAAUGAAGGAAAGGCUUUUCGAAUGGUUCUCUACAACACAAAUCCAGCUCUGAUGUCGGUGGCGUUGCCGUUGUUCCUUUCGCAUGUUCGAAAACACAAAGUCGCGGUUGUGCUGCUGGUCUACUCUCAGCCUAGCAAGGACUACAAGUCCUUGUCGCGGCUGUCCGGUACCUGUGAUGUUGUACUCAAAACCGAAGGAUUUUCUGCUCGCAGGAUUCAUCCACCACCACCGGAGUUUCGCUUGCUGCAAGGUAUUUUGACAAUAUCCAAAAUCUCGACAGUGACUUCCGCAGCUGCAACUGGUGGUGGAUUUUUUGGGGACAUUAGUUUUUCCAAGAGACCAGCUGCUUUUGUCUAUGGGUUCAAACGCGAUAGACGAAAGCUACAUAUUUCUCUUCUGCACAUCCCGCCUGAAGACUAUGCCCGAGGUGGAGGAAGCGUGGGCUCUGGGGUUCGGUCAGGGGCAGGAACGAAUCCUGAGAAAAAGAAAACCCAGACCUUUGGUUGUGCGUCGAACUCUGGAGGGUCCGCUCUCGAUUUCUAA